GAGGUCAAACACAUAGUUUAAGCCUUUUAAUUAAACUAAAUAAAAUUACAUAGUUUUAAACUAAAAAGAAAGUAGCACAAUGGAAUGUUAGAAACCCAAGUCUAUUUUCAUCCCACCUUCACGGCCUCCACACUCUCAAGCCUCCACCCUCGCAAACCCUCCUUGCUGCCGUCACCACCGCCCUCGCUGCCGUCGCCCCCGCCCUCGCCUCCGACUUCGCAGCAGUCGCCUCCCCCCUUGCCGGUCAUCAGAGCGGGAGAAGACAUUACAAUUUAUUGGUGUCCACUGAGGGAGGCAUACAAGAACAAGAACUCCUUACCAUUUGAUUUCCAUUAAGCUAUUGAGAGAUGGGUUUGACCAAUUUCAUAAUCACGGUGGCUGGUGUUAGCGCCGUGGUUCUUUUACUGAGGAGUGAUGUGAAGCAAUCAGCUGCAAUUUUCAGACGCAACGUUAAGCAUAUACGUAAUUGGCUUGAAGAAGAAACUGCUGCUUCCUCUAAGGCAUCAGAGAAGGCAAAACCAAAGGAACUGGAAUCAAAGAUUCCUCAGAAAGACAUCCCCAAGGAGGACAAGCACUGAUGUCUGUGAAAGUAUUGCAGCCUUAGAAGUGUUUAGUCUUUUCUUUUCAAUUGAUGCUUUAUUUAAAUGAGUGUUUAUAAACGUUAACGGCUGUCUGCAUCUAGAAUUUGUUCAAAUUAUUUAGCUUUUUUGCAGUCACUAAAUAUGCUGAUAUGUAUCUUGCAAGAAUAAGUUGUACUGAUACUGUUAGGGGGGGAGUUCUGUUGCAUUUUGGCUUCAGCAUGUAUUUACAACUUCACGGAUAUUUUAUUUGACCUCAAUUCUGAUGAGUCUUCUCCUGAUGGUAUUAUUCGGGACUGCUA